CUUCAAAGCCGUGUAAUGUUCGAAAAGUAAUGCAUUUUUAAAAAGCUGCAAAUGGAAAGACAGAUGUUGUACAAUUACUCUUACAACAUAAUGCAGAUAUGUUUUAUAAAACUCAACAAGGGUUAAAUGCCUUGCAUUUGGCGUCUAGCUAUGGUCAUGAAAAAACAGUUGGCUUUUUACUCGAAAACAAAUCAGACAUCAACGUGAAGAAUAAAAAAGGGUGGAGCUCACUGAUGAUUGCUUCAGAAAAGGGACACGUUAACACUGUAGAGUUGCUGUUACUAAAGAAAGCAGAAACUGACAACACAGAUGAAAAGGGUUGGAACGCUUUACUGCUCGCUACUAAUAACGGCCAUCUUAGCACAGUUGAGGCACUCUUAAAAAACAAUUGCAAUCUUUCAUGUGCAAAUAAUUUGGGAGACAAUGCGUUAACUUUAGCAUCGACUAAAGGCUACACGAAUAUUGUGGAGUUAUUAUUAAAAUAUAAAGCAGAUAUUGAUUUUAAAAAUCAUAAUGAAUUCACCUCUUUAAUGCUAAGCACUUUAAAUGGACAUGUUUCUACUGUAGAAAUUCUCUUAAAACACGACGCGAAACCUUUCGUUAUUAACAAAGAUGGAAAAAAUGCGUUUUCAAUUGCUGUCGAAAGUGGUAAUAUUGAUAUUUUUCGGUUAUUUUUUAACAAAAAUGCUGGAGAUUUUUCUAGCAGUCCUUAUGCAAAGAAUUCAAUUUUAUUGACCUCCUUUUGUGGAAAA